GAGUCGACCUCAUCAGCUGCCUGUCGAGCAUAACUCCGGGAUUCGAAGUUUCUGCGCGCAUGCGCGUUGAAUGUGCUCUCAACCGUUUGAAAACAGCAGCGCGAAAUAGCAUCUCGGCGGAUGACAACAACAACAGUUGGCGAUUGUAUUCGUUAAGCUAACGUCUGCAGCCAUGAAGCCCGCGAGAGGGUCAAACCGGGCCUCGUCACAAGCACCUAACACGAAACCCAAGAAAAUAACCGAUCGGACGAUGGUGCCCCAAACAUCUGAGCAUCCGGACUCGCAGUCCAGUGAAAGCAACCGUGGCGCCCAACCAAAACCAUCCCGGAAGAGGAAAGCUGAAGGCUCAUUUUCAGUCCCAAAAAAAGUCAAAAAGGAGGAAAAGUGGAAGCUGAUGCCAGUAUCCUCCAUCAUUGCUCUGGAGAACAUAAUGGACUUGUCAAUACUAGCAACGCUUGCUUUAAGGCAGAAAGAGAAGAAGGGGAUCCAGGAACAUCUCAACCUAAUGAAAACCAGGUUUCUUGCUCAAUGUUCAGAACUCAAAGUUCCAUUGCAAAAAAAAACUGAUUCUGAGCAAUCAUCUCAACGGCGCCAGGAGGAGGCCAGGAAGUUGGUGGUGGGAAAGACAAGUCUGAGCUCUCUGGAGGAAGACUUGAGGGCGGUGGUCCGUGCUCUGGAGACGACAGAAAAGCAGAACGUCUCUUUGCGGCACUCGUGCAGUGUGCUGAGGGAGCAGGCGGAGGAGGAGUACGCUAAAGAGAUUUCACAGAUUGCUGAACAAGCAGAUCUCAAUCUUCCCCCGCUUCCUCCACGAACUGAUGAAACAUUAGAGGUUCGAUUGAGAAAAAUUUUACCAGACAGCGAGUGUGAGACCACUGCCCGGAAACUGGGAGAAGUCCUGCAGACGUCCGGAGCCGGUCCGGCUGCACAGGCGCUGCUUCUUCAGGCACGCAAGCACGCCGAUCAGCUCUUUAUCCCUGGCUUCACCACGAUCGGUGCUGCACCUUGCUCAGACACAACCCUCCCCAAAUCCCUGCUUACACUGGGCUGAAAAUCACUGUAUGUGUGUAUUUUUUAAAGGAAUGUCACUGAUUGAAGAAGUAUGCAAACUUCAUUUGGAGCUUUGGUGUACGAGGAAAGUCUUAAAAGAAAAUUCCAUCUUGUGUGGUUGUGGAAAAACUUUCAAUAAUAUAACUACACCCUUCAAAAUUGUAGCCCCCAUGUGAAGAAAUUAAAAAAAGUUAACUUUGGUUGUAACAACAACAGCAGCAGUAGUAGCAAUAAGAAGAAAUACUAGAGCAGACAGCAAUCCAAGCAACAAUUAUUUUAAGAAACAAUUAAAUGAUCAAUCUUCUUCGAAGGAGUUGUAUCAUGCCCAUUUUCAAGUUCACUCUUGCAUUCUGGGUCCUAGAACAUGUUUACGUGUUGUAAUGGCGUCUUAUACUGUCCGAAUAUCCCUGUGAUCACACCCUGGCUUUAGGUGUGUUUGUAAACUCCCUGUCAGCUGAUGUUAUUCACAGAUGUUCAGAUAGCUCAAUGCUCUUCAGGUGAGCCUAAAUACAUACACUUCAUU